CACUUCUGAGCAGCUGCAACGACUACACGCAGCACAGUGACCACUAGAGCGGGGUAUAAAGAACCUUGCAGGACCUCGAAGGGACCUUAAAGGACCAGAAAGGACUUGCCUGGCGCUGUUUGCUUCAUCAAUGUCGUUCCUGGUCGCCGUAUUCAAGCCUCUUGCAUACUUCUCCCUACCAAUCAUUCUACUACGCUCCAUCGCAGCUACUUCACCCGUUGGUCGAUAUUACGUUCGAGUUGCGCUCUAUAUCGGCACACUCGUCUCAGUCGCAUCAUGUAGCAUCGUCGCAGCCGCCGGUAUGUCUGUCAUCGGCAGGCGCUUCGAUGUCAGCUACGUUGUUGCCCGCACUUUCUACGCCAUCACCAAACGCACGUUCGCAUUGCAGAUCGAGGUGGAAGGAGAGGAGCAUCUCAGUACACGACCCGCUGUCCUGAUGGCAAACCACCAAAGCAUGCUCGAUGUUGUCGUUGUGGGCAGGCUGAUGCCGAAACAAUCAGCUAUCAUGGCCAAGAAGUCACUCCAAUACACUCCACUCGGACCCUUCAUGACGAUGGCAGGAACCAUUUUUAUUGACCGAGGCAACAACACUCGAGCUGUACGGUCACUGGAAGCUGCGGGAGAAACGAUGAAAGCCGAGAAAGUGUCCAUCUGGAUGUUCCCAGAAGGAACACGACAUAUGUCAGAGUCUCCCGACAUGCUUCCACUAAAAAAAGGUGGAUUCCACCUGGCGAUCAACGCGGGCAUCCCCAUUAUACCCAUUGUAACGGAGAAUUAUUGGCGUAUCUAUCGAAAAGGCGUUUUCGACGAGGGUACUAUCAAGGUCCGAGUGCUACCCCCGAUUCCGACAGUGGGUUUGACCCCGGCAGAUGUAGGUUCGCUUACGACCCGUGUGCGGGACCAAAUGCUGGAAGCAUUACGGGAGAUU